AUGCCGAGCUGUAGGUACAAUGGAACCACAACACCUAAGAGUCACAUAUCAGCCUUGGAGAACCACAUGGUGCUCUAUACCAUGACGGAUUCGGUUUGGUGCAAAGCGUUCCUACCAACCUUGGAGGGAUUAACUCCGAAAUGGUAUGGAGCCAUCCCUAAAGGUUUUGUAUACUCGUAUAAUCAGCUGAAGAGGAUGUUCAUGGAGCAUUUCAUAACCUUGGGGAAGGAUGAGCCCCUGAGGGAGUUCAUCACCAGAUUCAACAAGGAGGCAACAACCAUCCUGAAUAUGAGCCAAGAGGUAGCAUUGUUGGCCAUGCAGAGCGGCUUGCUGCCGGGCUCACCGUUUAGAGCGUAUAUGGGGCGUAAGAGCCUCAAAACGCUGGCAGAGGCGCAGGGUAAAGCGCACGAGUUCAUCAAGGCAGACGAAACUGAUAAAGCAAUGCUAAGCAAGAAGGCGCCAAGCGACCUAGUUAAGCGGGUAGAAGUCACCCAGGUAGAAAAUAUAGCUAGGCUUGACCAGCCAAGCAGAGCUGAACAAGGUCGUAGAGUGGCGGACAGAGAGGUGGGGGUAAAAAAGCCAGAUCCAAGGAGAGAAGUAAGGUCAGGAAGGUUCGAUCAAUAUACCCCCCUAACCCACUCGAGGUCUCACAUCUUCAAUGUGAACAAAGCUGAUGAUAAGUGGUAG